AUGUUUUGGGUGGAGGAAGAAAGAAAAUCGGUGAGAGAUGAAAAAGAUGUCAUACAGGGAACAAAUCAACAAGUAGUGUCGAGUGAUAGCAUAGAAUCUACCGCGGAGCAUAGAGAGCACACAGAACGGUGUUUGGUAAUUCCACACUGGUCAGUACCUAAAUGGUUGCAACAUUUCAUUUUCGUCUGUCAUUGUUGUCAUUCAAUAUCAUCACGUAAUUCGCCAAAAGAUCAGUCAGCAAUGAAAUGGGAAACAAACGGGAAUCGUUCGCUAACAACUUCCGUGCAGAAAAGAAACAGAAUAUCUUACUCCGUAAAUUUUCUUAAUAUCUUCAGGAUUUGCCAGCGUCAUUUGGAGUUAGAGCCUUUAUGUUGUUUAUCUUCCUGUCUUAUCCGUGGUGGUUGUACGGCUGUUGCUAUUUUCGAAUACAUUUACGUUGUCUUUACACUUGUUGCAAUUAUAAUACGUUUGCAUAGCGGUGGACUUUCUCAGUUGUGGCCACCAUUCAGAACAUCCUACAACUCAAUUGUAACACACACUGUAUUGCUGUAUAUCAUAUUAGCCUACGAUCUAAUAAUCGUGACGAUCGCCACUGGUCUUCUUCGUGCGCUCCUAACUUUCGAUAAACAAAUCAUCCGACUGCAUCUCUAUUUUGAUUACUUUGCAUUAGCAUUCAAUAUGAUUAUGUUGAUACUAUUUCUGCCAACCCUACUCCUACCAGAUUCCGAAAUUCGUAAUUUCGCUAAUGUAUUACUGACUUUAUGUUUUAUCACUCAAAUACCACUACAAAUUUGGGCAACAACAGUGCUACGUUCAUGCCUAGAAUUCUUCGUUUUGGUGCAUGUAUUAGUUGAAUUAGCGGAGAGAUAA